AUGGUAAUAUGCCCACGCCGAGUAAACGGUACCGAGUACGUCUGGCAUCCUCGCCCAACUCCGGAUGGGAGCGGUCAAGUUAACACGUACGUCGGUGAAAAUGGCAAUUUGCGUUCAGCUGCUAUUUCGGAAAUAGUGGUUAGCGAAGCAACACGUUCAUUUUUUUGGGCAGAGUCGGACGGAUUGCAAACAAAUAUCCAUAUUGACCUAAGGGAUGACGAUAUAUAUGCUAUUACUGAAAACCGUUUGAUAUUCAUCUGCGGUCCUCGAGGUCUUAUUUUAAGCGAUGCCUUACAGCAUGAGAUUCACCAUUUUGGUGUUACUCAACCAUAUAAGCUUCCUUGGAGUCCAGCAACGGCAUUGACUCAAGUAAUAUCAAAAGUAGGGAAUGGGUUGGGUGUUUUUAUCAUUAAUAGGGGAUUUGAUCAUCUACCUCUCCAGGGUUGUGGCAGUCGCCCUUCACCACUCUUUGCUGUGGAUAAUGAGGUGCUUGUGGACCCUGUGACUGGUAUUCGUUCAUGUGUGGCGGAUUCAAUGUCUCAGUCCCGUAUAGGAUUUGUUUGCGAAGGUAAAGUAGAACCCGAAUAUUGCAUGAGAUCUCUCUUGUAUAACGAUGACGUUGUAACGGCCCCUGGGCCAUUUUCAUACUGGAGUUUUUAUAACAAUGAACCUUGGGUCGUGGCGAGGUAUUUUAACGAUUUAGCAGUACGUCCCUUCAAUGGCGAAUGCCGCUGCGUAAAUUCCGAAACGGGUCAGAUGAAGGCCAGAAUAGAGAUUCGUACCAAAACGGACUAUGUGUGCGACAUUUCCAGGACGAUCAACCGCAACCAUUUGAACAACAUACGUGGCCCUUGGUGUUCGUAUGUCCUCCAUCCGGGAAGCACCUUAACCAUAAGAUUUCCAACACAGGAUAUGAAUGAGAACUCCGACGGUCAUCUCUCGCAACUGCUGCCAAUUGAUCAAUUCGAAACUGAAUUCCUGCCGAAUGACUUGAAAACUCUGAGGCAACUGGCAAACGUCUAUAGCUUUGAUGUUUACGACGAAAUCCUCUACCAUGAAGCCCUUGCUGGCGAUGCCCUUGAGAUUGAUGUUUCACAAAUGUCCCGUGGAGUGGUAAAGCUGAAGUAUCAUUUGGACAAACCUCUCACAUCAAUAGGAGGUCACAAUUCGUUCUUGUAUCACUGGACAUUGAAAUCUAAGAAUGCACACGUUCCGCAUAUGAUACGCGCAAUAGUCAAUGUCUCUUUCGCGUUUACCCAUCACUAUCACAUAGUGGGGUGUGACCGAGAGACUCCCGCUCUGUUUGACCGAUAUGUUAGCAGAAAUUAUUGUUCAACCAAACUAAUGGGAAAUGGUAUAGGGGAUAUUUACGAAUGUACGUACAAUAAAACCUCGAAUAUUUUGAGGGCCGGUAUAUACUGCAGACGAGAGGAGGAACUUUUGCCGAAUAAUUGUGAGUCAACGGGAUAUGAUCUCUACGCCAAUCAGACUUUGCCCUUUACCAAACCUAUUCGAAGGGUGACGCCGUAUCCCAUCCUAAGUUUCCAGGUCUUCACCAUUGACUUCCGCGAAACUAGCACUGUCAGUUAUGCCUGCAUAUGCGUGAAUCAACGUGGAUACGAAACAUCCAGGCUUAUUUUAGAGUCCAAUCAAGAAGUGAAUUAUACAUACAAAGUACGCCGCGGACAUGAGUCACACGCGUUGCUUCCUGACAUGACGAUGCCUUGGACUGAAGUAGGAUUAUCAAGUGAAGGACUCACAUCACCCAGAUCUGUUAUCCUAUAUAACGUAUCACUAAAGUCCAUUGUGCUAGGAGUCGGUACAACGUUAUUCAUGGUUUGUGAUCCCUAUCAGCACAACGUGGCACAUAAUGAAAGGAUAGCAACUACAUGGCUGCCAAAGCGACCUGAAGAAUAUUAUUAUACCGUUAACCAUACGCCAAAUGGAUCUGAGCUGGUUCGUUUGACCUACAAAGAGUCAUUUGCUAUUACUCCAGGUGGACUGAAAGUCAGAUACCAAGACAUUUACAGGAGACAUGGGUGUGCUAAAUUGACUAUAGAAUUGCGUAGAAGCGCCAUUCUGGUGUCUAAGGACCCACUGCACAAAAAAUACGUGCCUAUGACAUUUGUCUGUGGCAAAGUGACCGAACCAUCGGAUUUGUCCUUUGUCACUGAUGGUGUAUCAACUUCGGCAGCGUCUCCACCACCUAAAGUUCAGGGAGUAAAAUCCUCGGCACGAUACACGUGGCACAUGGUCCAAGUGAACGUCGAGACCACCGACCCGUACAUGCCGGGAUGCGGCGUUACGUACGCGUCGGAUGAGUUGUUCAAGCCUGAGACACCCCAACUCUACGACGCUGACGGGCAGCCUCAGUUCGGUUGCCGGAUCGAUCUCCAAGAUGCCAAGGAAGCUGCGUUUUACUGCCCAGCCCCUUACGUCCUGGACCCACCCAACUGCUUCAGCCAAGUAUUAGUGGACGGUAGCAUCACUAACUUGGUCGAUGUCAGCAAAUCUUUGAGGGCAUCACGGUCCAACCACUUCGUCAUUCUCAGAUUUGAGAGUUCAAAAUUAAAACUUGCGGAAACGCUGCGCCAGACGCCGCCACUGGAGUGUCGUUGCGUCACCGUCAAGGGUAUCAUCCUCUCCACUAUACAAAUAGAGAAUUACUACGCCAAGUAA